AUGAAGUUCCUCGGUCUCCUCAACCUCGCUGCUCUGGCCAGCGCCGUUCCUACUCCUACCGUCCAGCAAGUUGGCAAGACUCUCGGCAAGCGAGCUGCCAUCACCGAUGCUGCCAACAUUGGCUAUGCUACCGAGAAUGGAGGUACCACUGGUGGUGCCGGAGGAGCUACCGUGACUGUUUCUUCCCUUGCUGAGUUCAGCAAGGCCGCCGAGUCGGACGAGAAGCAGGUCAUUUACGUCAAGGGCCAGCUCACCGGUAACAACAAGAUCCGUGUCAAGUCCGACAAGACCAUCGUCGGUGCCGCUGGUGCUUCUCUCGAGAACAUCGGCCUCUACAUCAACAAGCAGAAGAACGUCAUCGUCCGCAACUUGGCCAUCAAGAACGUUGUCGCUGCCAACGGCGACGCCAUCGGCAUCCAAAAGUCCACCAACGUCUGGGUCGACCACUGCGAGUUGUCCUCCGACUUCUCCAAGGACAAGGACUUCUUUGAUGGUCUCCUCGAUGUCACCCACGCUUCAGACUGGGUCACCAUCUCCAACACCUACUUCCACGACCACCAUAAGGCUUCUCUUGUCGGCCACUCCGACAGCAACGCUGCUGAGGACACUGGUGCUCUCCACGUCACCUACGCCAACAACCACUGGACCAACAUUGGCUCUCGUGCUCCCUCUGUCCGCUUCGGUACCGUCCACGUCUUCAACAACUACUACGAGGACAUCAGCGUCACUGGUGUCAACUCUCGCAUGGGUGCUCAGGUUCUUGUUGAGUCGUCUGCUUUCAGCAACGCUAAGAAGGCUCUCAUCUCCAAGGACUCCAAGCAGACCGGAAGCAUCUCUGUCAACGAUGUCGACCUCGGCGGCUCCACCAACGAUGCCCCCAAGGGUACCAUCUCCAAGUCCGACAUUCCCUACAAGUACUCUCUUGUCGGCUCUUCCAAGGUCAAGGCGGCCGUGGUUGGUGUUGCUGGAAACACUCUCAAGCUGUAGAUGGCAUGUUAGAUAUGGUAGUCAGAUCUAGUCUAAGAAAUCACUUUUAGA